GGUCAAUCCUGCAUUUUUCUAGCUAAAAAUUUGGUAUGCACACUUUAUAGAUUUAGCAUCAAAGACUCAAAAGCUUUAGUGUAUGCGUGCAAUCAACGUCUUGACAAGAUAGUUGAUGUGGCAGCUUUGAGUGGAGCUUGUCCAAUUGCGCUUGGGCCGUCAAUUGCUGGCGUCUUCACAACUAGUGAUGAAUUGUAUAAGGAGGUGGAUGCUACCGCUAAAGUCACUGGAGAAAGACUUUAUAAGUUGCCAAUGGAGGAAGGAUACUGUGAAUUUAUGAAAUUUGAGGUGGCUGAUACGGUCAUCACUGGCGUUCCUCACGACGGACCUAUUACCGCAGCUCUUUUCUUGAAGCAGUUUGUUAAAGAGGAAAUACAAUGGUUGCACAUUGACAUGUCUGGUCCAGUUUGGGAUGAUAAGAAAAAAACAGCGACCGGAUUUGCUAUACCCACUUUGGUGGAAUGGAUCAUGUCCAGCUCGGUAUCUCAUUCUGGUGCACAAGUGGCAGCUACCAAUUUGGGCGCGGAAAUGUCCAAAGGUCAAGAACCCAAGAGAAGGAAACGGAGACGACGUCCGUGGUCGGAGGAUGUCCAGAAAGAAAAUUGAGCUGUGUGCCUUGCAUUUUGUAUUAACAUUUUUUUUAUCAUGCUUUAGCUAGCUUAAUGAGGCUCCAAUGACCCUUGAAAUAUUUCAAGAGAACCAUUUGAAAACGAUGUUUGGAAACGAUGUUAAAUUGUAACUUACUUAUAUGAGGUAUUCUAUAAUGUUGUGGUGCUUUUUUUUGCUUAUAAUAUUUUUCUUCUGAUGCUAUGUAGGUCAUUUAUCUAUUGUAUUACAAUUUUACAUAGCUGCAUUGGCUUAGCCUAAUAAUUACUUCUAGUGCAUACUAUAUAUCUAUGCUAUAAUCAACUAGCCUCAAUGGCAAAACCUACGUAUACUGAUGAUGGGGACCUUUUAGAUGAUGGAU